AUGGAGCUGCAACGCAAAGAAUACCCGGCCCUGCUGACAACGCUCACCCCCGCCCAAGCCGUGAACGUCCUCAACGACCGCGUGCGGCACGUGAGCCAAUUGAACGUCCAGAUCGCCGACUGGCUGCAGGACCGGCGUCGCGUCGAGGAGCAGUACGCCCAGGCGCUGCGCAAGCUUGCCAGCAGACACCCCCCGGAUGAGUCGUCGGAUCUUGGCAUCUUUUCCACGCCAUGGAACAAAAUCGUGAGCGCAACCGAGGCGGUGGCCCAGUCGCACCAGCACCUGGCCAACAAGAUCGAGGCCGAUGUCGAACGCCCGCUGCGCGACUUUGCCACGACCAACCGCGAAGUGCAAGCCAUGGCCAACGUCUCGGGCAACCUGGCCGCAAUCGCAAAGGACAUUGACGUGGCGCAGAAGAAGGUGGCCAAAUUGAGAGACAAGGGCGCAAAGGCCAAGGCAUCGGCUGUGGGCGAGGCCGUCCAAGACGUCGAGAAGGCGGAGCUGGCAUGGGAUUCGCAAGCGCCCUACGUCUUCGAACAAUUGCAGGCCAUUGACGAAACCCGGCUGAAUCAUCUCCGCGACGUGCUCACGCAAUUCCAGACCCACGAAGUCGAUCAAGUGGAGCGCAGUCAGGCGACUGCCGCAGAAACCCUGAACACUCUGCUGAACCUCGAGACAGCGGAUGAGAUACAGACAUGGGCACUGAGGAUGCGGAGUGGGGAGCUACCACAGCCUUCGCGCAAGCUCAGCAAUGCGGCCACUCCUUCGAGAAGCCUUGCGCCGCCUUCAGCCGCACCUGCGCCAACUACAGCCGACGACGACAGAAGCCAAAAGAGUGGCUCCGUACAAGAGAAGCAUAGCUCGAACCCUCUCAAGCGAUUUGGAACGGUACUUGGCCGACGACGACAAAACGCCCAACCGUAUGGCCGAGCAUCUUCGCCUGAGCGAAAAUCAUCCUCCAACCUGGGAUCAGCAUUUAGCGGUUUUGGAAAAGGCAAGUCGAAAGAUCGGGAGGCCCUUGGUGCCUCCCCAGAGCGAGAGACGCGGCCAAUGUCACCUCUGAGACGGCUAUCUCAAACAGCUAGAUCGUCUGACAGAGCAGAUUCCCCUAGCCAUUCACGGCUACCCAGUGCAGAUUUGCCAAACGGGACCAUAAUGGAGUCUCCACUGGAAACAGAUAGACCUAGCACAACAAAUGGCACGCCCGCUGUGCAAGAGUCAAUACCCGAGCUCAGAGAACCACUUUCACCUCCGGCCAUCGCAGAGCCAAAACCUGAACCUGAGAAGGAUGCCGACGGCUUCACGGUACCGCCGUCUGCUGUAGAUGCUAUCACCGAGGCCGAGAGGGAAGCAGGAUUGGCGCAAGCUGAAAGCAACUCAGCACCACAGUUCAAACUCGAUAUCCGGAAUGCUCCGAUACAAGAAGAGGAUGAUGAUGCAGACGCAGCUACGGCGAACCUGCAAGCCGCUCAACCAAAGCGAUCGAGCACUUUACGUGGCCGUCGAGAUGUUCGCAAUACGAUCUUCGUGCCAAACCCCGCCACACCUGAGCUUCAAAGUAUAGGCGAGCUGCCUCCACCCGUGCCGUCCGCUGGGUCUGGUCCUACCUCUGUCCCGACUUCGGCAACAUUUUCUACCCCUGCUAUUCCUCCUCAGCCCACUUCUCCAGCAUUCAAGCCUCCCCACCGCUCGCUGUUGUCUGAUGAUCACGCAGCAUCGGACACGCAAUCCAUUCGGUCCGGACGAUCAUUGAGCAGCGCUGCUAGCACCACUAUCAGACAUCCAGAUCUGCAUGAACCGGGGCUAAGUGCGUCAUUGGUAGAAACCGUCAGUGCGUGGUUUGAGCAUGGCAAUGUGACGAAAGCCAUGGUCAUCGGCCAGGUCGCGCUCGCGUUUAAUCCAGUCGACAUUUCUGCAGGGCCAUUUGGCACAGAGAAUAUCAGAUUAGAGAAUUUUCCCGUUCUCGAAAAGGUUGCGCCUAACCCAGCUUUUAUUGAGCAGUCCAGCGAUAGCCCUGGUAAUUACACUGUCGAUCUGUCGAAAAUCACAAAGACAUCUGUCGCGUUCCACUACCAAUUGCACAUUGAAGAUAGCAACAUUACCACGCUUCCCCCCAUUAUUCUCUCUCCAGCCUGGAGAUCGGAGCCUACGCAAAUAUCAGCCAUCCUCAACUACUCUCUCAACCCGAAAUUCAAUCUCGGCGACGCCACCAGUAUGACUGUCCGUGGUCUUGUGCUUUUGAUUCGUCUAGAGCCUGGUUCGAAAGCCCUAUCCGCUCAAUCCAAGCCAGCAGGUACAUUCUCCCGAGAGAAGAGCCUCAUCUACUGGCGUUUAGGCGACGUGACCUUUUCCAAGGACUCGGUCGCGCAAACCAUUCGCGUCCGAUUCUUCACCGAAGGCGAAGGCAAGCCUGGAAAUGUAGAGGCGCGAUGGGAGAUUAGCGAUGAACAGUCGCUCACUCUUGGUAGUGGCCUUGGUGUCAGCAUGAGUGCGGCGACGAGUGAAGCGAAGCAGGAUGGUGAGGCGGAUCCAUUUGCGGAUAUCGACGAAAAUGCGCCGCCGGCUAGUCCGGCGGCAGGGUGGAAGCCUGUGCAUACGGUCAAGAAGAUUACUAGUGGGACGUAUCUGGGUGUGUGA